AUGAGCCGCUACUACUGCCGUGUCAACUGGAUGUUGCAGCAGCUGAUGAAGAAGGGCUCACUGGUGCACCUUGUGGAUGAUGUCGGUACCUGCAAAUUACGUAAGGUUAGAGGGCCCUGCAAAGCCUCGGUACGUCGCUUCUACUACAACAAAGCCACGCGGAAAUGUCAAGCGUUUACCUAUGGUGGCUGCCUUGGCAAUGCAAACAACUACAAGCGAUUACUAAACUGCUGGCAUCAUUGUCAAGGACGCCACUUCUUUCCAGCAAAAAAAACAAUGGCUUGUGGGCCCUGCAAAGGCAAGUAACCUCGCUACCACUACAACAAAGCCGCAGGGAAAUGUGAAUCGUUUAAAUAUGGUGGCUGCCUUGGCAAUGCAAACAACUAUAAGUCAUUAAUAAACUGCAUGUUUCAUUGUCAAGGAAUAUAA